AUGGGGUCAUCACCGCUCGACCCGGUCUCAUAUUUCGACGAUUGGUUCUUCACCACGUUCCAAUCCACUCCGUCCUGCCCGGGGUUCGGCUCGAACUAUUGUCCAGCACCGGAAAAGGCAUGCGCGAAGGACCCCAACACGGGCCGGCGGUACUGCUGCGAUGGGCCCAAGAAGGACAGCAGCGUGUGCUGGACGCUCCCGACGGACUGCAAGUCGGAUGGUAGCACAAUCAAGUGCGGCGGCAACAACAACAACAGCAAACGCGACGACAGUGGCGAUGGGUCCUGGUGCUGCCUCGCAGGGACCGAAAAGUGCACAGAGACCAAGGGCCAGAUCAACAUCUGCUGGAGCAGCCGGUGGGACCCGCUCAACAACGUUACAGAGGGGGAAUUGGCCACGGUUUACAGCAGCCUGAGCUCGGCGCAGCCGUCGGCCACGUCGCUCAGAUUCGACGUGGCUGCCAUGGUCAGCACGACGGCGACGGCAGACGCCACCGCGGGGAGAGCUAUCGACCCGUCCCUUGCCACGACCACCGGACCAGGCGGCCCUAACAGACCCACCGGCCCGCCCGACGGGUUCGGUUUCAGAAACGGCGCGGGGACGAACCAAAACGAGCUCAGCGGGGGUGCGAUCGCGGGCAUCGUCAUCGGGGUGCUCGCGGGCGUGGCCAUGAUCGUGGCCGCUGCCGUCUUGUUCGUCAGGCGGCAGCACCAAAAGGAUCACGUAUGCUCUCCGGAAGCAGCAGUGGCGACGACGGCAGCGGCGGCGGUGGUGCCGGGCAAGGAUGGGGCUAGACACGUGGUGGCAAAGGAUGCGACGUCGAGCGGCUCGGAGGCCGGGCCGGCCGAGAUGGAAUCAGCGCAAAUGCACAACGUCUCGCCGGACCGGGGGACGAGCGGCGAAGGGUACGGGGCAGCCGCCGUUGGACGUGGGGCUGGGAACGGGCGGGAGGAUGAGAACGUGGGAUUUCAAACAGCGGCUCAUGAGCUGCCGCCAGAGAACCAGCAGCCUGCCGAACUGCAUGGCGAUUCGAUACCAAGAGUGAUGCACGAGAUGGCAGCAGAAGAAAAUCAGACCAGGAAGUCAUUAUCUUGA